AUGACUCGCGUGGUGUCUCGCGCCCUGGGCUUCAUGGCGAAGCUCACGGCCACUGGCGAACAGCAGGAGGAGAGAGGUGAUUUGCUGGGCAACAUGUGCCAGCAGCUUUUCCGGCUGAUGAAGGUCGAGGAGGCCUCAUCGUGCGGAAGAUCUGCGGAGGCCCUUCCCAGCAAAAUCACCUUCCGCGUGUGGACGUGGAGCGCUUCUUUGCCAUGCUCCUACGAAGCAGACACUUGGGAGCUGCUGGAUGUCGUGGGCAUCGCUAGUACGUGA